UGACAGAAGCGAAGUACGGUUUUCUGUCUUUACUACUGGAGAUGGGGUGACUUGAACGCCUCGCUGUUAGCAGGGGGCGGAUGGGUGUCUGCGUUCAGUCCGAGCUGAGCAGCAUAACCAGAGCGGAUUCUCCCGUGGAGGUGCGCCACAAUCCUACCUCUGUCAACACGGCGGCCUGAACCCCGACUCUGAAAUAGCGUUAUUUUAAUAAAACAUUAAACCCAGCAGUCAUGGCGGAUGACGUCGAUAAAGUAGAACCGGCUGAAAGCGAGCAAGACGAAGAAGAAGAUGUUUACGAAGUGGAAAGGAUCAUUGACAUGCGGGUGGAAGAGGGUGAAGUGCUUUACAGAGUUCGCUGGAAGAAUUACUGCUCUGAUGAUGACACCUGGGAGCCCGAAGCCCAUUUGGAGGACUGCCAUGAAGUUCUGUUGGCUUUUAAGCGGUACCAGGCAGAGCUGAAAGCCAAGAAAGAAGCCGAAUCCAAGAAAACCAUGCAGAAACUUUUGCCUACAAAGAGUGACGUGUUCGAUGCAGACUCAGAGAGCGACAGCGAUAAAAAUCGUCCAACAGAGGCACCCAUCAAAAAGAAGAAGAAAAAGAAAAGGAUCAGGGAGGAGGAUGAGCCCCCUACAAAGGAGAAGAAGAAGAAAAAGAAAGACAAACGUAAAGAUGAGUUGAAGCCUCUUCCUGCACCAGAGACGGACGACGACGACGAAGAGGCAGCCCUGACCCCGCCAUCUCCUCCAAAAGAGAAAAGGGUUGAACCAAAAAAGCGCUAUGUUGAGUCUGAUGAGGAGGAGGAUGAAAUGGUUUCUUCCAAAAAACAAAAGAAGGAAAAAGGAAAGGAGGGAGGGAAGCAUAAGAAAGACAAAGCGGAGGAGGCAAAGAAGAAGAAGGUGAAAAGGGAGCGAAAAAUGGAAACGUCUGAAGAUGAGGCCACUGCUCCUGUAGAGGAGUAUCUGAGUGACGGUCCGUCCCAAAUGGAUGGUUCCGCAUCAACAGAGACUGUUACUAAGCCAGCGGAGAAGUUGAGUGUGGAAGAUAAGGUCAAACAAAAGAAGGGCAAGUGGGAGGUAAAGUUGCAGGGCAUUAAGGACCUUAUUAGUGACAAAAAGAGCAAAAAACCAGAAGGUAGCCAGAAAGAAGGUAGCCUCCAAAAAUCCAAGAGUUCUAAAAGCAAGGAGGAUACUGCUCUCCAAUCAGACUCAAGUGACAGCUCCACCCUACAUAAGAAAUCUAAGAGCAAAGGGAAUGAUAGUGCAUCCACAGCACAGAAAGCCCCUUCUUCCUCCACAUCCUCUUCAUCAUCCUCUUCCUCCUCCACCACUGUGACUACCAAUAAGGUUAAGGAGGAUGAGGUGACUAAAGAGGAGGCACUGGGACAGAAAGAUGCCGGCGGCUCAACUAAUCUGUUCGAAAAGUUCCUGUUAAACUGCGAGGCUAAGGACCGGGCCCCUCGCAGGCCGCCGCUAGUCACAGAGAAAAGCAGCAGCAAACCCACAAAGUUAAUAGGAAAGAUUGAGAAGAUCUCCAAGCCAGCCAAAGAGUCUCCUUCUCAGAAACCAGACCUGGAGAAGACUGAGAGGACAAAGCUGUCAGAUGCUUCAGUCGCCAGACCCAGCCAGAGUUACGGCUUCAGCCUAGACAGUGACGAAAGGGAAGAGGAAUCCACAGGAAAACCACGACCAGCAGACGAUUCCAGGGAGCGAAAGGAGAGGGGAGAGGAAGCACAGCGUCCAUCUUGGGAGAGGAGAACUUCAGCUGAUGACAGGAGGAAGAGGAGGGAGGACAGUGAGCCCAGACUCUUCAUAUCAUGUGAUGAGAACCAGGAACCACCAGAGGGCAAUGAGAAAUCUGAGAAAGGUCAAGCCACUUUGAGCCUAGGAAUGGAUCUUAACCUCGACUGGAUGACGCUAGAUAAUUUUCAGAAGCAUUUGAAUGGAGAUGAUGAGAUCUUGUCAGGUCCUCCAUUAUCACCCAGUGAACUGCGAGAUGCUGUGAAAAGUGGAGAUUACAUGGCUGUAAAAUUAGCACUAAAUUCCAAAGAGGACUACAAUCUGGAGCAAGAGGCAAGUACUAUUGAUGAGAAGAGGUCAUAUGAAGGACAGAGGAACUUGAUUGAAGAGCGAAAUUCCAGUGGGACUUUUAGGCUCACUUCUAGCAAUGAAACUAAAAGAAAUAAAGAGGGCAUUCCAGCAGCAGCAAAGGAGAACAUCCCACAAGAUAUGGAUGGUUCACAGAAUGACAGUAGAAUCUCAAGUUUCCAAACUAGUACAAGCGCUGAGAAAGUAACUGUGAAGAAACGUAAAAAUAAAAAAUGGGGUGGAAGCAAUAAAUCUGAAUCCAAGAAAAUACUAUGUAAUUCAUCAGUCACACAGAAAAGUCAAAGACAGGGAAAGAAGAUAUUGGAUGACACAAAUGGUGCUUUAUCAACCCAGAUGACAUUGAACAUUGGUAAUUUAGAUUCAACCAAAAAUACAGAAGAGAUCUUGAAGCAGGAAGACAAUGGAAUAAAACAAGAGCACAAAGCUAACAUAAUCAAAGCUGCCAACCAAGGAACUGGCCCAGGUGAGAACACAGAUUGUGCAAUGUCGGAAAAUGCUGACAGUAUGGAUAAAGUUCUUUCAAAGUCUGACACAAAAGAGAUUGUUACAACACGAUGUCUCCGAAAGAGAAAAACUGCUGAGAUCAAUUUACCUACGCGAUCCAGUCUAAGGACCCGCAAGAAAGUGCUUAAAACAAAACCUAUCACCGUGGUUAAAGAAAAAAAGGAAACUUACAAGAAACACUUAUGUGUAUAUUGCAAAAAUAAUUUUACUCAAAUUGCAAGGCAUUUGGAAAAUAAACAUGUAGAAGAACCAGAUGUUGCCCAUGCCAUGCGCUUUCCAAAAGGUUCCAAAGUAAGACAGACCUUGCUGGACCAGAUUCGUGUAAAAGGAAGUAAUGAGAAUAAUUGUGAUGUUUCUCAAAAUGGCGAAGGAGAAAAUGUGACAAAGAAACAGUUGAAGAAACCAGCCACAUCUGUGCGUGACUUCUUGCCCUGCCAGCACUGUCUUGCAUUUUACCGUAAAACUGAUUUAUGGAGACAUGAGCGGGCGUGUAAAAUUAGAAAGGGAGACCAGAAAUCUUCUGAAAAGACAAAAAGAUCCACAGGGGGCAGUUCUGUCUCCAAUCUCCUUCCAGUGUCAGAGUUCUUCACUGGAAGCUGCAAGGAAAUCAUUCAAAUCAUGCAUCAAGAUGACAUUUCAAGACAUAUCCAGUUAGACCCACUUAUUUGCAAGUAUGGUAAUACAUUGUCUGCCAAGUAUGACCAUGACAAGUCUCAGUUUGCCUACAUUGCACAAAAGAUGAGGGAGUUGGGUAGGUUUGUCCUUGCUGUGAAUGAGCUGGACAAAACCGUGAAGUACUUGCACGAAAUAUGUCUACCAACCAGGUUUGAAUUAGCUGUUGAAGGGGUCAAAAAAGUCAGCGGCUUUGACCCGACUUCCAGCAAGUUUAAAACGAUUUCCCUUGUCUCAAAGAUUGGCUACUCCUUAAAACGUGCAGCAGAGAUAGCAUUUGGAGAAAGUCGCAUGACGGAGGACAAUGAAACGGAAAGCGAAUUGAAAAAAUUCAUUGAACUACUUGAUACAAAAUGGAGCGCAUGUUUUUCUCGCAAAGUGCUUGCCUGCUCUUUAAAACAAGAAGGCAAAAAAGUGGAUGUUGACAAAUCAACUGUGACUGAAGAUCUGAUAAAACUCCACAGAUUCAUCACAGGAGAAGAAGACGAAGCAAAGAAGGAGUUGAAAGUAAAUGCCAGCACAUCAAAUUGGAAGAAGCUAGGUGAAUCCACUUUAGCAAACGUUUGUCUUUUUAACAGGGGAAGAGUGGGAAAUAUUGGAAGGCUUCACCUGAAAACUUACACUCAAAGAGUGAGUGGGGGAACAUGUAUGCUCUCUGCAGAUCAAGUUAGAAAAAGCGCACAAUUGGAGUUGGAACUUAGUUCCAGUUUUACAAGACUUGAACUAGAAGGACAGUAUGGAAGAAACAUGCUGGUUCUGUUAACAGACAGAAUGGUUUCAUCAAUUGACUUGCUUGUUGAAAACCGAGAGCAAGCAGGUGUCUCAAAAACUAACCCGUACCUGUUUGCAAGGAGUGAAGGGCCCUCUUUCAUUAGAGGACUGGAUUGUGUUCGAAGGGCUGCAGUGGAGUGUGGCGUUAAAAAUCCAGAAGCACUUCUGUCCUCAUCUGUAAGAGAACAAAUUGCCACCUGCUGGCAGCUAAUGAGCAUCAGUGAACAAGAACUAGACAAAGUAGCAAAGAUGGUGGGAAGGAGCAGCGAAGAAUGUCACAGGCUUUCUCAAACUGGAGCCCUGCUGGAGGAAAUCAGCAAAGACCUGAUGAAGAUGAAUAGAACACUCCCAACAAGCCGGCCAAGCACUAAAAAAGAUGGAACUCGACAGAAGCCACUUUUGAAAAGAAGACCUUGGAGUGUGAAUGAACAGACGGCUGUCAAACGCUACUUGAAUGAAUUCAUCACAAGAAUGAAGGUUCCGGGCAAAAAGGCAUGUAAUGCCUGUAUAGCUGCUGAGCCAGAUCUUGGAGGAAGAUCUUGGACGGAUGUUAAAAACUAUGUCCACAACACAUUACAGACAAUGCGUAGGAGAAAUAACCAGCAGAGGUCUGAUGGGAAUAAAAACGUUUUGAAUGCAAAGAGUCCAAAAGCUCCAGACCAAACCGGAAACACCGAUAUGGAGGAGACAAGUGUUUGUACAAUGACAACUGUGAAUCCGGAUCACUUGCAAGAAAGUAGUUUAAACUGUUGUAUGACAAUGCCACUUACAACAAACAUAAGAGAGCCAUCACCAUUUUCCCAGGAGAUGACUACUAGUUAUACGCCAUUCUGUUCGUCAACUACAAACAUGGUCCAUACAAGUCAGCCAUUGAUUUCAAACCUCACACCACUAAAUGCUACUGAUACUCAAGUGGUUCCUACAUUUACCCCACACCACACUACAAAUACCCUAAUGUCUCCUGUAUACACAUCAGAUAACAGCCACAGUCUGUCCAUGUCUUCUUUUUAUGCACAGAAUACUACAAGUAUGUUGCAUUCAUCUGUGUAUACCCCAUUGGACACUACAAGCUCACCACUAAUUCCUUCCUAUACCCAUUUUAAUACGCCAUGCAAUUCAAUGGUUCCUACAUACACACAGUUAAAUACUCUAAGUCCACCAAUGAUUUCUGCAUUUUCAACAGUAAAUGACAGAAGUAGGCCCGUCAUGUCUUCGUUCACACCUCUUAACCAUUCAAGUACCCCGUCUUACCACACCAGUCCCCCCAGGGUCCAUGCAGCAACUGCACAGGUUGUUCCUUCAAUUCAUGUACAAGGCAUUUCCGAAAGUGCACCAGUGGUAAAGGAAAGUACCCCUGUGUCUUCUGCAAAAAAACGUGCCCCUCCAGGUGUGAAGCCUCAAAAAAGAAACAAACGGUUAUGGAGUGAAGAGGAGCAGGCAGCAGUGAGACGGCAGUUUGGAGACUUUUGUCAACUAGUGAAGGUGCCAGGGAAAAAGGAAUGCGAUAGAUGUUUAGCUGUCGAACCGGCGUUGAACACCAGAACAUGGAGGGAAGUUAAAUAUUUUGUACAUAACUCAAUUCAGUCACUAAAAAGAAGAGGUCAUGCAGUUGCCUCAAAACAGAAUCAACCACCAGAACCAGACGUUCAGACUUCAAGCAAUGAUUGGGAAGGUCCUGUGUAUCUGUCCCUGUAAAUGAUUUGAAUAGACUUGCACAAAAACAAUGUGAGGACUUAAGAGGGCUGUGGCUUUAGCCUCAAUUUGAUUGAGGUGGAAGAAAAUCUAAAUUUGUGUCAUCCAAUGUCUGUUGGCUGUUUGCCUUGAUCUCACUUUUCAUGUUAAUUCUUGCAUUUGCAGACAGUCCUGCCGUUCUACCAGUCACAUUUUUAAAAAUGUCCUAAUGUUUUCAAAAUCCUAUCCAGUGAAGUGAGCUUCUUCGUUGCAUGAAUAUACAGAAAUGAGUAAAAGUAGGAUUGAUAGUCCUGUAGUCUGGCUCGGUUAAAGCUGAUUUUGUUAAAUAUGACAUGGGCAAAUAAAACACUAUUAGUGUUUGUUCCUCAUCCGAAAUGCAUAUAAAAUGUUUUACAUUAGGCUGGAAUGUGAAUCCUAUUGGACAAGGAUUCACAGAUUUCAACCAACUAUGGAAAGCCAAUGGCUUUGGACAUUUAUAACUAUUAGGUAAAUGCCAAGACUUGGAUACCUAAAACAUCCAACUCUCAGCUUGUCUGAGCAGUGAUCACCUGACUGAGAGUUUGCAGUCAAACUUUAUUGACGACUUACCCUUGGGUUCCUUUGUUUGCUGUUGUAUUGUUUUCAGUAGCAUUUCAUGUAUUUUAUUAAACAGAAAACCUAGAGAUUCCUUGCAUCCAACCCAGUCAAUGUGAGAAAUGUAACUUGCUGUGUAUCAUUACUUUAUCCUGUCUUCAACCAGUAGCCUAUAUUGUAGGUAGAAUUUUUUUACUGUUCUCUCUAAUCCUAAAGCAUAGAACUUGUUUUGUAUAUUUAUCACUAAAACAUGGAAAAUGAUUUUUGUUUUGUAUUGAGGAUAAUAUACGUAUUAUCAGUUGCUGUAGUUUCACUUUGUACCCAUUUGUAGUACAAAUUCUUUUAUAACAGUAAAAAGUAUCCGUUUACAACAUUUUGUUAUUUUAUUGUACUUAAUGGACACUACCUUGAGUUCAAAUGUUUUCUUUUACUGUUGGAUGUUUAUCAUUAAGCUCUACUACUAGCUAAAAUGCAGUUGCCUUACUGAGAUGUAUUUUGUUUUAUCCCUUCUUACCACCUAUGAUCGCAUCAAGCAUGCAACUUGAAAAUUUUGAGCUUGACGUUACAAUUUGUUUUUCUCAGUAAGGGAUUUUUGUUUUUUACGGAAAAUCAAAUUAAACACAAAGAUCUGUAUUUUAACUGCUUAUAGAUUGAUGUAAUCAAUGUGCCCGACAAAAAAGUGGAUAAAACGGUCAAUUUCAUAAACUGUGGAACUAACAGUAACUGUUUUCUUCUUUAGCAGAUGAACUGCUUGGUUAAGUAUUGAUCAGUAUUGCUUGCAUUAAAAAAAGAAAAACCAGUAAGAAGGUCAAUUGAACCCUGUCUAAAUUAUGUUGAGGCAUUUCAGUACAAACAUUUCUCUUCUUUGGACGUUCAGCAGUUCAGAUGGGAAUAAGAUUGUUUUGCCUGUUUGUCUGUUGUAGUCUUUGUAGAUAUCUUAAGAAAAAAAAAGUUAAUAGAAAAUCCUGAAGUUAUUUUUGUUCUCACUGAGAUGAAGAGCGAGAACGUUCUUUACAAGGUCUAAACAUUAGACGCCUGUUACAGAGACAUGUUUCUUGUUUCUAGCCUUAGUAGCUGCUAGUGAACCUAAGUUGAGCCUGUGUUCACGUUCCCAUACCAAAGUCGUUAGUGUCAGACAUUGGAUGAAGGGGCAGUUGGAGGUCACAUACAGUAGCAAAAGUUAGUAGCAUUUGGACAAUACCAUAGCUUUAUGGUGUCAGGAGGAUUUUUUACUUGCAUAACUUUGUGGGAGCUCUGUUUAUAUGCAAUUUUACUGUAAAAACACAUGUUUGUUUGUCUUGUUUACUGUAUGUUGCUUCAGUUAAUGUUUUACUGUAAGGAACUUAUAACUUCUGCUUACAUAAUAAAAUUCUUCUGGGAUUUUAA